AUGAAGGUUACAGCUCUCCUCUGCACUCUUAUGGCUGCCGCAGCCGUAAGUGCUUCAGCAAUCUAUGAACGAGAGGUUCUGGACACCUGCGGUGCCGGCUAUGCUGGUGACCAACGUCGUACGAAUAGUCCUUGUGAAGCUUCGAACGGAGAUAGGGACUUCUGCGGUUGCGAUAGGACAGAUGUGGUAUGUUACCAAUCCACGUUGAAAUAUCAGACCAUCUUUGCUAAUGUGUUGUCCUAUGAAAAGGUCCAGUGCCGAGGUGGUUAUUGGACAGAGAUUCAAGACUGUGGCGCUGGCACGUGCCACGGUACCAACGAUGGUGGAGCUGUGUGCUAG